CACUGCACACAGACCCCCCUUCAGUGCAUCCCUUUGGGGCGCCCCCGGAGAGCCAGGGCUGCGGGCAGCUCCCGCACCAAUUCAGACCGCAUCCGCUCACUGCCUAGCCGGGGCACCUCUUCGCUAAUCCUGAAGGGCUGCUCCCGCGGCCUCACGGGAAAGUUAGUUUCCAGGUUGGGCGCCUACAGCGCCAGGCUUUGCGCGUGGGCUCUGCGCAUGCCUGGUCCGCCGGCUACCCCUUCAGCGAUUCUGCGUUUCCGCCUUUCCUUUUGUUUGUCUCAGGUUUUGCGUGGGAGGCGGUCCCGGAAUUUCAAGGGUCUGUGCGCUCUUCUGUGGCUAAUGCAACCCAAUGAGGGAGCGGGCUGUAUCUUUAGAGUUGUCUCCAUCUUUCCAAGAACAGAACAAAAUGAACAAGGUAGAACAGAAGUUCCAGGGAUCAGUAUCAUUUAAAGAUGUGACUGUGGGCUUCACCCAGGAGGAGUGGCAGCACCUGAACCCUAGUCAGAGGGCUCUGUAUAGAGAUGUGAUGCUGGAGAACUACAGCAACCUUGUCUCAGUGGGGUAUUGUGUUCACAAACCAGAGGUGAUCUUCAGGCUGGAACAAGGAGAAGAGCCAUGGAGACUGGAGGAAGAAUUCCCAAGCCAGAGCUUUCCAGAAGUCUGGACAGCUGAUCACCUGAAAGAGAGGAGCCAAGAAAACCAAUCUAAACAUUUGUGGGAAGUUGUAUUCAUCAAUAAUGAAAUGCUGACUAAGGAACAAGGUAAUGUAAUAGGAAUACCAUUUAACAUGGACGUAAGUUCUUUUCCUUCCAGAAAAAUGUUCUGUCAGUGUGACUCAUGUGGAAUGAGUUUCAACACUGUUUCACAGUUGGUUAUCAGUAAGAUGAACUAUUUAGGAAAAAAGUCUGAUGAAUUUAAUGCCUUUGGGAAGUUGGUACUCAAUAUUAAGCAUGAUGAAACUUAUACUCGAGAGAAAAAUGAAGUUUUGAAAAAUAGGAACACUUUGAGUCAUCAUGAGAACACUUUGCAGCAUGAGAAGAUUCAAACUGUAGAGCACAAUUUUGAAUACAGUGUAUGUCAGGAAACCCUCCUUGAAAAGGCAGUAUUCAAUACAUGGAAGAGAGAGAAUGCAGAAGAGAAUAACUGUGAAUAUAAUGAAUUUGGGAGAACUUUCUGUGAUGGAUCAUCCCUCUUGUUCCAUCAGAUACCUCCAUCAAAGGACAAUCACUAUGAAUUUAGUGAUUGUAAGAAGUUCUUAUGUGUGAAGUCCACCCUUUGUAAACAUCAUGGGGUAUCCAUGAAACACUAUGAUUGUGGUGAAAGUGGGAAUAAUUUCAGGAGGAAAUUGUGUCUGUCACAGCUUCAGAAAGGUGAUAAAGGAGAGAAACACUUUGCGUGUAAUGAAUGUGGGAAAGUUUUCUGGGAGAAGUCACAUCUCACUCGACAUCAGAGGGUGCACACAGGAGAGAAACGCUUCCAAUGUAAUGAAUGUGGAAAAAUGUUCUGGGAGAAGUCAAACCUCACUAAACAUCAGAGAUCACACACAGGGGAGAAACCUUUUGAAUGCAAUGAAUGUGGGAAAGCCUUUAGCCAUAAGUCAGCUCUCACAUUACACCACAGAACACAUACAGGGGAGAAACCCUAUCAGUGUAAUACGUGUGGGAAAACUUUUUACCAGAAAUCUGAUCUCACUAAACAUCAGAGAACACACACAGGGUUGAAACCCUAUGAAUGUUAUGAAUGUGGAAAAUCCUUCUGUAUGAAUUCACAUCUUAUGGUGCACCAGAGAACUCACACAGGUGAGAAACCUUUUGACUGUCUUGAGUGUGGGAAAUCCUUUUGUCAAAAGUCACAUCUUACACAACAUCAGAGAACUCACAUAGGAGAUAAACCUUAUGAAUGUAAUGCAUGUGGGAAAACUUUCUACCACAAGUCAGUGCUCACCAGGCAUCAGAUAAUUCAUACAGGGUUGAAACCUUAUGAAUGUUAUGAAUGUGGGAAAACCUUCUGCUUGAAGUCAGACCUAACAGUACAUCAGAGAACACACACAGGUGAGAAACCCUUUGCAUGUCCUGAAUGUGGAAAAUUCUUUAGCCAUAAGUCAACCCUCUCUCAACAUUAUAGAACACACACAGGGGAGAAACCCUAUGAAUGUCAUGAAUGUGGAAAAAUCUUUUACAAUAAAUCAUACCUAACUAAACAUAAUAGAACACAUACAGGUGAGAAACCCUAUGAAUGUAAUGAAUGUGGGAAAACCUUCUGCCAGAAGUCACAACUCACUCAGCAUCAGAGAAUUCACAUAGGGGAGAAACCCUAUGAAUGUAAUGAGUGUGGAAAAGCUUUCUGCCAUAAGUCAGCUCUCAUUGUACAUCAGAGAACCCAUACACAAGAAAAGCCCUAUAAAUGUAACGAAUGUGGAAAAUCUUUCUGUGUGAAGUCAGGACUUAUUUUACAUGAGAGAAAGCACACAGGGGAGAAACCCUAUGAAUGCAGUGAAUGUGGGAAAUCCUUCAGUCACAAAUCGUCACUCACAGUACAUCACAGGGCUCACACAGGAGAGAAAUCUUGUCAAUGUAAUGAAUGUGGAAAAAUCUUUUACCGUAAAUCAGACCUUGCUAAACAUCAGAGAUCACAUACAGGGGAAAAGCCCUAUGAAUGUAACACAUGCAGGAAAACUUUCUCUCAAAAGUCAAAUCUCAUUGUACAUCAGAGAACACACAUAGGAGAAAAGCCUUAUGAAUGAAAUGGAUAUUAGAAAUUUCCAGCCACAAGUGAGCCUCCAUAAUGCCUCAGAUUAUUCACACUGUGGAGAAAGCCCUGUUGACAUCCUGAAUGUACAAUAACUAUCCACAAACUCGCCUUUUGUUACUCCAAAGUAACAGUAGGGGAUAAACCCAAGACUACAACAAUUAUAGGACAGCUUUUGUUAGGAAGUGAUAUUCUGUUGAAUAUUAGAUGAUUAAUACUGGCAUAAAACCUCAUAGAUUUUUUUGAAUUUGAGAAAGUUUUUGGCAAAAAUACAAACAAGAUUAUGUUUGAGUUUGCAUCGAGGAGAAAAUUGUCAAUUUAAGAAAUCUAAAGUGAAAAUUUUGCUUAGAAACACAAUAAGACAAAUUCUGUUUUGAGUUUGAUGCCAUAAUAGUUUUUAGGGCAUCUAACAAUAAUUUAUAGAUGUAUAUUGUGGAAUGUAAAACUUUAAGAACUUAAAAAAAGUAAUAAUUAAAAUAACCUCACAAGAAGUUGUAAUGAGUACAGAGAAUUCCCAUGUACACUUCACCAAACUUCCUCUAAGGAUAAUAUAUCAUCAUAGUAUAUGGUCAAGUCCAAGAAAUCGAUAUUACCUUGCUAGUAGAUACAGACUUAACUCAGAUUUUACUAUGGUUUGUGUGCACCGUGUGUGUGUAUGUGUGUGUGGUUAUGUGAAACUUUUACCACUUUUACAUUUGAGUAACCAUCAGCACAAUUAGUUUACAGAACUGAAAAGGAAUCCGAGAUCUGUAUUGUAUCAGGAUUACAAAGGAAUCAGAAUUUAGCCUCAAGUAGUUCCCUUCUUGUGUUAAUAACCACGUCCUUUCUGCAACCCUAUCCCUUGGAUCCACUUGACUAUGAAGUUUCUUUUAAAGCAUAAAUUGAAUAAUCAGGGCAAUAGCAUUAAACACAUCUGUGAAUUAUCCCUGAAGUUCAUAGGACUUACAUAUGUACAAGUGGUAUGUGAUAUAAAUCGUUUCAUAUGCAUAGUGGAAUUUAACCUAAUUGUGAAUAGGAAGUAGGUAUCCUAAUUUAGUGGUGGUUACAUCAUCAGGCCCAUACCAGAUGUUUUUCAUGUCUUGAAACAGUUUAAAAGGAGACCACAGAGCUAAUGUUUAUACAUUUAAAAGUUAUAAAUCAAAAAAACAAAUUAUCUAAAAAAAAAUCUAUCCUGUACAUGUGAAGAUCUAGGCUUGCCUCUGUGUUGCUCCCUUUCUCUUCCUACCUGUGGCUCAUCCCAUGCCAUGAAGUGCCUAGGGUACAUAUGUGAACACUCCCUUCAGCGUAAGUGAUACUCCAAAUUUUCUUUAAGCAGCUGCUCUCCAAGACAGGGCCCUGGAAAGAGGCCCACACAUACAGCCCAGUUGCUGCCCAGGGCUCUUGGACUGUUGUUUCAAGGCUCAUUGUGCCCAGACAGGGAUCUCGGCCCUCAGAGACUUGAGAAUAUGAAGAGGAGGGUUGAGGCUGGAGCAGAG